CGCAGUAUGUCCGUAUGCCAGCUCAAUACACCAUCAUUCCAUUACAUCUCUCUCUCUCCAACAUUCAUCCCUUUGUCUCUGUCUUUCUUCUUCCUUUGCACCUUCUCUUUUCAAUUCUUGAAUUGUCUCUACUGAAAUUAACCAAGAAACCCAGAACUACAUGUCGUCUUCAGACGAGGAGGGAUCAGGGGAGGAGUACCUGUUCAAGAUCGUCAUCAUUGGAGACUCGGCGGUGGGCAAAUCGAACUUGCUGUCUCGCUACGCGCGGAACGAGUUCAGUGCGCACUCAAAGGCCACAAUAGGCGUGGAGUUUCAGACCCAGAGCAUGGAAAUCGACGGCAAAGAAGUCAAGGCUCAGAUUUGGGACACUGCCGGCCAAGAACGCUUCAGGGCUGUUACCUCUGCCUACUACCGCGGCGCCGUCGGAGCUCUCAUUGUCUAUGAUAUCACGCGCCGUACCACGUUUGACAGUGUCGGUCGCUGGCUCGAUGAGCUCAAGACUCAUUCUGAUACUACAAUGGCGAGGAUGCUAGUGGGGAACAAAUGUGAUUUGGAGAAUAUUAGGGAUGUCAGUGUUGAAGAAGGUAAAAGCCUUGCUGAAGCCGAAGGGUUCUUCUUCAUGGAGACAUCUGCGCUAGACUCAACCAAUGUUAAUAAGGCUUUUGAGCUUGUUAUUCGAGAAAUAUAUAGCAAUGUGAGUCGGAAGGUCUUGAAUUCAGAUACUUACAAAGCAGAAUUAUCUGUGAACAGAGUAACCCUGGUUAAUAAUGGGGCAGAUGGAUCAAAGAAAGGCCAGGGCUACUUUUCUUGCUGUUCCAGUUAAUAUGGUUUAUAUCUCAAACGUAAGUGUAUGACAUUAGCACUUGAGGGCAUUUCCAAAGGUUGGUUAUUCAAUUUGGUUCUUUAAUUGGAUUGUUUGUAUGGUAUUGGAUACCUACUUAAGGUUUCCAAGUAAGUGAAUAUUAUAGAAAGAAAUUAUUUGCAUCAAGUCAAGUAAAAAAAAAAAAUAUAGCCGAAUUUUGUAUUCUGAUACAAGACAUGUAACUGCUACCAAAAAGAAAAAAAGGAGCAGGCACCCAUUUUCCUUUGUGUGAUUGUAUUUGGACAGCAUAUUAUUAAGUUAAGCAGCUAUAUUCAAGAA